CAUCCCUAAGCAAAUUCAAUCACAUUAAUUGAUAGGAUAUAGUUGCAGUUGAAUUGGAUUGGAAAUCUCAGCAUUCUGCUUGCUCUCCGUCUUCAACUUGCCUUGAUUGCAAUUAGUACUCAGCCUCCAAACGACGGUUAUUCAAAGUUCACGGAUACAUCGUUUCUGCCUGCUGCAGCUGCAACUUAAAUUGUACUACUACUAUUCUAUUCUAUGGAUUAUCUUCCCACUGGAUUUAUUACUACUUACAAACAAUCCAUAAUUGCUACUUGCUUAGUCGGAACUUGUAUUCUGGUAAGCCAAAUCGACGAACGACGUGACAAUCGGGCUCGCAAAACAAUAAAAAAUGUGGAAAGCGAAAAGAUGAAGGUGAUUUCAAACCGAGAUCAUGUUAAGAAAAAAAUUGAAGCAACUGAUCGUUUAACCGAAAGGGUGAAUGAUGAUGUGUUUGAGUGGCUAAGAGAAACAGAAAUAGUUUUACAAGAGGUGGGGAAUAUGACAGUAGUGGAUGAACUUGGGCAAUUGUCAAGACAAGAAAAACAUAGGCAAUUGACGAAUGAUGGUGCAGUGAAACAUCGCCAUAAAAUGCUAGACAAAUUAAAGGCAUUGAAUAUCCGAUGUGAAUUCAAGCUAUUUUCCAGUCCUAUUCCAAGUUUAGAACACUUCUCUUCUGAAAAUUUUGUGUGUUUCGCGUCUACCAAAGAGGCUUCAGAUAGACUUUUGCAGGCACUGCAAAGUGAUAAUUCAUAUAAAAUUGGAUUGUAUGGGAAACGCGGCUCUGGUAAAACAACAUUAGUGAAAGCAGUGGCUGAGAAAGCCAAGUACUCCAAGUUUUUUGAUGAAGUUUUAUUUAUCAAUGUGUCCCAAAACCCAAACAUAAAAAGGAUUCAAGAUGAAAUUGCUAACGAGUUGAAUCUGGAAUUCGACGUAAAUACUGAAGCUGGAAGAACAAGAAAAAUAUACUUGACAUUAGCAAAUAUGGAUCGCCAAAUUCUUGUGAUCUUGGAUGAUGUUUCGGAAAAUCUUGAUCCAGAAAAGGUAGGCAUUCCUUGUAAUAGUAAUCGAUGCAAGGUCCUUUUGACCACAUGUCGCCAACAAGAUUGUGAGUUUAUACAUUGUCAAAGGGAGAUUCAACUUAGUCCUUUAUCCACAGAGGAAGCUUGGACUUUGUUCAAAAAACAUUCAGGGAUAGAUAAUGAGUCUUCAUCCGACCUGAAAAAUGUGGCAUACAAUGUUGCUAUUGAAUGUGAAGGGUUACCUAGAACAAUUAUAGACGCGGGAUCUUCCUUAAGAAGCAAACCUAUCGAGGAGUGGAAAGCAUCGUUAGACCAUCUGAAAUAUUCAAGGUCUCAAUAUGAUAUUUUUCUAAGUUUUAAAGGAGAAGAUACUCGCUACUCUUUCACAGGUUUUCUCUAUAAUAUUCUGUGUCGAGAGGGGUUCAAGACCUUCAUGGAUGAUGAGGAAUUGAAGGGUGGGAAUGAAAUUUCAUCAUCUCUAAUCAAAGCAAUUGAGGCAUCAAGGAUUUCAAUUGUUGUUUUCUCUGAAAACUUUGCAGAUUCUCCCUGGUGUCUAGAUGAAUUGGUCACUAUGCUAAAGUGCAAGGAGAGGAAGAACCAACAGAUUUUGCCAAUCUUUUACAAAAUAGAACCAUCUUGGGUAAGACAUCAGAGAAAUAGUUAUGGAAAAGCCAUGACUAAGCAUGAAGAAGAGUUUGGAAAUGACUCUGAAAAGGUGAAUAAAUGGAGGUCAGCUUUAUGUGAAGUUGCUAACUUGAGUGGAGAACAUCACAAAUAUGGGUAUGUAUGUGCUGGAAAAAAACCUUAUGCUGUUGUUCAGUAUGGCUGUCUUCUUGUAACUCAUGCGGUAAAGAAGGCGGUAGAAGAAGUUGAUGGAAAUAAAUGUGUAUCUGAUUGGUUUGGCAAAGGCUACAUGAAAGUUGAAAGACAAAAGAAGAAACUCAUUUCAAAUCGUGAUCGUGUGCGUGCAAAAGUUGAAGCAAUUGAUCGUAAAACUGAAAAGGUUAGAGAUGUUGUGUUUGAGUGGCUAAAAGAAGCAGACAUAAUCAUGCAAAAAAUGGAGAAUCUUAAAUUACAAUCAAAACCACCAUCAUGGAUUGAAUUUAAUAAGUUGCAGGAAAAAAUUACAGCACUAAAUAAGAAAUGUAAUUUUGAUCCAUUUUCAACUACAAUUCCAAGUUUAGAACACUUCUCUUUAGGAAAUAAUUUCGAGUGUUUCAAGUCGACGGAGAAGGCUUCAGAUGAACUUUUGGAGGCACUGCAAGAUGAUAAUUGUUGUAUGAUAGGAUUGUACGGUAGGCGUGACUCUGGUAAAACUACGUUGGUGAAAGUAAUGGAACAGAAAGUCCAAUAUUUGAAUAUUUUUGAUGAGAUUUUAUUUGUCAAUGUGACCAAAAACCCAAAUAUCACAGCAAUGCAAGAUGAAAUUGCUGACUUCUUGAAUAUAAGAUUAGAUAGAAACAGUGAAACUGGAAGAGCAAGAAAAAUAUUAUCCACAAUAGAAGAUAUGGAUCGUCCAAUACUUGUGAUCUUUGAUGAUGUUCGGGCAAAAUUUGACCUACGGGAUGUAGGAAUUCCUUGUAAUAGUAAUCUAUGCAAGGUUCUUUUGACCGCACGUCGCCAAAAAUAUUGCGACUUAAUGCACUGUCAAAGGGAGAUUCUACUUGAUCCAUUAUCUACAGAGGAAGCUUCGACUUUGUUUGAAAAACAUUCGGGAAUUCUAGAAGAGGAUCACUCCUCCUCAUUUGACUUAUUCAAUGUGGCACGUGAAGUUGCUUUUGAAUGUGAUGGGUUACCAGGAAGAAUCAUUAAGGAAGGGUCUUUCUUAAGAAGUAAAUCAUUGGAGGAAUGGGAAAAAUCACUACACAAUUUGAGACAUUCAACAGCUCAAUGGCAGAUGUUUCUCAGUUUUAGAGGGGAAGAUACUCGCUACUCUUUUACAGGUAGUCUUUUUCAAGCUUUAUCCCAAGGGGGAUUCAAGACUUUCAUGGAUGAUGAAGGACUGCACACUGGGGACCGAGUUUCACCUUGUCUUAGAAAUGCAAUUGAAGCAUCAAGACUUUCGAUUAUUGUUUUGUCUGAAAACUAUGCAAAUUCCACAUGGUGUCUUGAUGAACUUGUGAAGAUUCUUGAAUGUAAGAAAUGGAAUAAUCAAUUAGUUUGGCCAAUCUUUUACAAAGUAGAGCCAUCAGACAUAAGGCAUUUGAGAAAAAGUUAUGGCAAAGACAUGGCUCAACAUGAAAGAAGAUUUGGAAUAGACUCGGAGAGAGUACAAAAAUGGAAGUCUGCUUUGCUUGAAGUUUCUAAUUUGUCCGGAAUGACUUACACGACUGGGUUUGAAUAUGAAUUUAUUCAAAAGAUCGUGGAAGAUGCCAAUCAUAUUAAAAGUCGUUUGCAAAUACAAAGCAUAUAGAUUUGGGUUAGAUACGUAGAUAGAAGAUGCCAAUCAUAUUGAAAAUUGAUUUGCUUGGCAAUCGUUUUUGGAUUUUGGAACGAUCCAACAGUGGUCCUUUUUAUUUUUUAUUUUUUUAUUUUUAUGUAAAUUUGCUUUGUAAGUUGUGUAUUUUUCCUUUGUAGUCUCUCUUUUGUAACUUGAUUGAAUCUUGUAAGUCAAUAGAUUUACCAAAUUGUCCAUUCAGAGAGAA